GGUGCCCGCAGUUCCGACCAGUUGACUCGGUGCCCGCAGUUCUUGCCAGACGACUCGGUGCCCGCAUCUACCCCUGGGGGCCCGAGACCUGUCGCUCCAAUCUGGGGGUCCGCGCCAGUUCCGCCGCUCCGACCUGAGGGCCCGCAGACCUGUGCCGACUGGGGGUCGGCGCCCGCCGCGCUCCGCCUGGGGGCCCGAGCCCCUGUAGCUCCGCCUGGGGGCCCGGCGCCCGCCGCCCCGCCUGGGGGCCCGAUGCCCUGUCGCCCCGCCUGGGGGGCCCGAUGCCCGUCGCCCCGCCUGGGGGCCCGAGGCCUGUCGCUCCAUCUGGGGGUCCGGCGCCCGCGCUCCGCCUGAGGGCCCGAGAC